AUGGACCAAGAAAAUACAGGCAAGGUAACACGCCUUGUUGUGUUUGCUUUCUGGAGUGUUGUAUUAGUUGGUCUACCUUUCUGGUGGAAGACGACUGAAGUAUACAGAGCCAGUUUACCGUUCUCAGAGAUUGAUUCAUGGCAGAUCAAACAGGCUUGUGAUUUUGUCAUGCCUACGAAGUUCACCAUUUUUAUACCACCUACCGUCCAACCAUCAAUAGAUAAUGAUCAAUUAUCAACAGAAAUCACAAGCAAAUUAGCAGAUAGACUCUCCAGCUUUAAAUACAAGACCAAUUUCCCUAUCGAUAUCUCUGUUCUUGACCAAGAUAAAGUGGAUGGGCAUAAAGAAGCAAGCAUUGGACAUUAUUUCAUCUACCUUGACCAAGCUGAUAAGAUAGACCUUAAAAUCGGAAGUGAGAGAUCUAGCUUUCUCAAAAUCAGUGACAUGACCAGCAACAGCAUAGCCGAGACAUUAGCUACAGUGAUUCCUCCAGUGUAUUUGAGCGAGUAUCAGAGCUUGGGAGAUAUGGCAUGUCAUAUCGAGAACAAGGACAAGAACGAUGUUUCCAGCAUGCGAGCAUUCAAGUAUUCCUCACAGUACGAAACAACAUUCAGUCUGAUGAACAACAAUCCUGAAAAUAUGAAAAUGGAUUGGGAGAUUCGAGAUGCCGUCAAUGCGUACCUUUCAUCCUUUUUGAAAGAAGUUUCUGUUGUGUCUAAUUUCACCAUUGAUUCACAGAUCCAAAACUAUGCGCCUUUAUCCUUGAAACCCCAUUUCAAAGAGAGAGUUGGAAAACCAAGUUAUUAUUAUUUCGAGCCUCAACAUUUACCUCAUUUUGUGAAUUCAGCAGAGUGGAACUUGGCAUCGACAAUCACAUCAUAUCCCAGUAUCAACUUUGUUUUGUAUGUACCCUCUGCAGAAGAAGCACCACUCCGUAUUCAUGAUUCUAAAGGACAACCAUUAUUAACCAGCGCAUUUCUGAUUCCUCGCUGGGGUGGCAUCGUCAUUAAGAAUCCACCUAAGGCAGCAACGGAAGAAUACACAUUCACCAAGAAGGAUCUUCAGCCCAUCAUGAAGAUUUUUAUCUCUCAACUGAGAAGCUUGAUCGGUGUUCAUGAUUUACAAAACAACAUUUCCAACAAAUUUCCUGCAAACUAUCAUGUUACAUUUGAGCCUGCCAUCAAAUCUGGCAUUACAACACUCGAAAAAGACAACUUGAUCCGCUCGAGAACACUGGAAAAUGUCGUCAAUACCAUCUCUACUCUGAAAUCUUUAGCUCAAUUAGUGGAUGAGAUUCCCAAUAUGGUAGUAGAGGAUCAUAUCAGUAUCAAGGUGCGUCAAUCUCUCGAUGCAUUGGAUGCAGUGAGUAAGGCCCUGAGCGCGGAGGAUUAUAUCAAGGCGUUGCAGAGUUCCAUCGAGACGGUUGAGUUAGCUGAGAAGGCUUUCUUUGAUCCUACAAUGGUCUCCAUGCUUUACUUUCCUGACGAGCAUAAAUACGCCAUCUACAUGCCCUUAUUUGUUCCUAUCUCGGUUCCGUUGGCCAUGGCUUUAUUAAAGGAGAUCAAGAAACUCAAGCAAGCCAAGAAUAUUAAAAAGAAGGAAGAAUAA